CCGCGUGUGGUCAGUGUUGUAGCUCGUGUCUAUGCGUCUUGUUUACGUAAAGUUACGGUAAACUUUGUAAAUAAGGUAUUAUUUUCAGAAAGAAAAAAAUGCCAUCCCCAAAAGACUUGUUGGCACAGAGGAACAAAUUGCAAAAUGAAAUUCUGGCACUGGAGAGCAGUCUUGGAAAUAACAGCAAUAUUACAGACCUGCUUUCUUCAGACAAUGACAGCACUGACGACUCUGAUGACAGUGGACAUGCAGGAGAAGAAGCUGUACAUAGAAACUUGGAGGCAGAGCGACAGCAAAUACAGAAGGAGAUAAAAGAGCUAGAGGAGACGCUUGGUGCAGACGCAGCACUAGUUGAUGUCCUGACAGACAGUGAACAUGGCGCUAACAGUCAGACUGAUUCUAGUGAUGAGGACGAUGAGCUGGUUCUUCCUCAAAAUUUGGAAACUUGUCUGCAAAUGAAUCUGGUCUAUCAGGAGGUGCUGAAAGAAAAACUCAAUGAGUUGGAGCGCCUACUUAAUGAAAACCACCAACAACAGAAAGAUAUUGAAGCGCAGCUCUCUGGUCCUGCAUCCAGCUCCCCUGGUUUGCCUCAACUCAGACUCUUUCUUGGCAACUUUAUGAAACCGUUUUUCAAAGACAAGCUCACUGGUCUGGGCCCUCCAGCAAAUGAAGAAACCAAAGAAAAGAUGAUUCAUGGGACCAGACUUUGUGAUGAAAUCAAAAUUAAAAGAUGGGAGGCAUGGCAGAAAACUUUGCUGGUGAAAUCGGUGGUUUCAGACACUAUGAAACAUAUGAUGCAACCUAAAAUGUCCAAGAUGGAAUACUUGACUGCAAAGUUGUCUAAAGCUAAAGAAGAGGAAAAAGAAGAACUAAAAAAACGUAUUGAUGUUUUAGAAAAGGACAUUGCACAAAUAAGCUCAAUGAAGGAAGAAGAGCUGUAUGGGAAUCUACAUAAUGAUCAUGACUGGGACAAAAUAUCAAAUAUUAAUUUUAAGGGCUGUCGACAACCUGAGGAUUUGAAGAGAUUCUGGCAGAAUUACCUUCAUCCUUCUAUUAACAAAUCAACAUGGAAGGAAGGUGAGAUCAAGAAGCUUGCCGAGGUUGCAGCACAGUUCAAAGCCCGCCACUGGGACAAGAUUGCGGAGGCACUUGGGACCAACAGGACAGCUUUCAUGUGCUUCCAGAUAUACCAACGCUACGUCUCUAAAACCUUCAAGAAGAGAGAGUGGACUAAAGAGGAGGACCAGGUCCUCAAGGAACUUGUGGAAAAGAUGCGAAUUGGCAAUUUCAUACCCUACACUCAAAUGGCAUACUUUAUGGAGGGUCGGGAUUAUGCCCAGCUUAUUUACCGUUGGACAGGUGUUCUGGAUCCCUCGUUAAAAAAGGGCCCCUGGACAAAAGAGGAGGAUGAGUUACUGCGGAAUGCUGUGAAAAAGUAUGGGUGUAAGGAAUGGUGGAAAAUUAAAAAUGAAGUACCUGGCAGGACAGACGGUGCAUGCCGGGACAGAUACUUGGAUUGUCUCCGGGAGGGUGUGAAGAGAGGUCCAUGGAGUGAUGAAGAAGUGGAACUGUUGAAAAAACUGGUGGCGAAACACGGUGUUGGUAAAUGGUCUAAAAUUGCUGCUGAAAUUCCAAACCGGAUUGACUGCCAGUGUUUAAACAAGUGGAAAUGGAUGACACAUCAGGCUGCUAGAAGAGGUAAGAAGAGAGUACUUAAGACAAAUUCAAAACGAAGGCCUCCAUCAAAAAGAAGAAUCAAAACAGAAGAGGACUAUCUCACUGGAAGUGACUCCAGCUCUGAAGAAGAAAAUGUGGAGUACAUGGACAGCAGUGAUGAGAAUUCUAAAAAAAGUGUCCCUGAAGUGGAGGACUUGCUUCCUAGACAAGAGUACAUCCAGCCAGACAUAAAGGAAUGGAUUCCUGUUGUUAGGAGGGCACAAAUGCAUUUUGACAUACAUGUGAGGAGUGUGCUGGUCAGGUCGCCCACAGAGGAGGAUAAGCAGGGUUGUGGAGAGGGUGCUGACAACUCUACUAGGCUGUACUGGAAUACUGUGCUGAAUAGAAGAGGGAACUGUGUUAAAAUGUUUAUAGGUGCAGAUCCUCUAGCUUUGCUUGAAAGGAAUUUGAGGAAUGAAAAUGUUAUGAUCAAAGUACCUGCAGACGAGGUUAGGCACUUGUUGAAUUGGAAGAGACGAUUUGUUAAUACUAAAGGGAAAAGAGCCAAAACCAGAAUAUCUUCAGAUGAAGGACAAAGCUUUGGCCAAAAUGAUGAACUAGAGGAAAGAGGAACAACAAGUGGCAAGAAAAUCAAACAUUUAAAAUCCAAAGCUGCCACCAAAAUGAACUAUAAUCUUAUGAUAGCUGUUUCUCCAUGGGUUGGAAAUGUGUUAAUCCCUCUGCCUUUAGACGAAAGAGUGUUUUGUGAAGCUGAUGUUGUUCAGACUAGAGCAGCAAAUAACCCUCCUGAAAAGAUGCCUGUGUUUUCACUUCUUCUACAAGCUCUUCACAUUGAUACUGAAGGUUGCAAGAAAGUGAUUGUAAAUCGCAAAACUGAGGUGCCCUUGAUACCCGACCUGAGAUUCCAGAGAGCAAAGCGUUCUUCUUUUAAGACAGUCGCACAGAUGCUUGAUGAAAAAAACAAGCAGAAUGAACAUCGUAAACCCCAAGGCCCUAAUAAUCUUUUACCAUUCCCACAAUUAAUCAAACUGCUUCCUCAACAACAAAGAAACACCCCACAGAACCUGCACCCCACUGGUCCUACCGUACAACAAACAAUUGUUAUUGCCCAGAAAAAUACACAGCCUGGUGUAGGAUGUUUGCCUGCUGUUGUACAGCCAGGUUUGCAGUUGCCAAUUAACAAAGGGAAAUCUGCACAGUCCGUAACGAGUCCAACAACCUUAACGUCUAGUCUGUCUAUUACUGAACCUUCUGCAGAGACUUCCGAAGAUACAGGAACUCCAAAACGCAAACGCAAACUAACAAUGAAGGCACAAGCCUUAUUAGAAAAUGUGAAAGCCAAAGCUUCUAAAAAACAGUCUGCUAAAAAACAGCAAGGAAGUGAAGAGACCCCUACAGUUGCUCUGUUACCACAAACUACAGCCUGGCUUAUCACCCCUAAUGGUUUUGUUCCUGUGGCUGGAAUUCAGAUUAAAACUCCUGUUGCUGGGCAGAACUCUGUUCCCAGCACUGUCUCAAACAACCACAAUGUUUCUUUACCACCUUCUUCUACUACUGAUCCUGGUGAUGCCUCAACGUCUGGUACAAGUGUACCUCAGAUUUCUGUUGCCCCACCUAACACAAAUGUUACUGGAUCUACCAUCCAGGAACCCCCUUCUAAUGAAGGCAUUGUAAAUAUUAUACCUCAGCUGCCAGUUCAGUCACCUAUAAUGGUAAACCAAAACGGUUCCCUUGCGUUCCUUUGCAAUUUUGUGACACUCACAAUUCCUUCAGCAGCACCUGGGGUAAAUGAAGCCGGUGCCUCAUCCUCGUCUUCUGGGCCCAAUUUGAACCCCGUGCUAUCUUCCAUUCCCAUUCCCAAUGUCUCUUCAGCUUCUGGUGUUACGAGUACACCUUGCAUUCCUUCAGCCAGUAUUGGUGCAUCUGCUUCUGUAGUGGCAAAACCUUCUCUGCAGUGCAGUCCUCAAUUAGAAUUAAGCCAACCAUUUAGAGUAAACCAGGAUGGCUCUUUGGUACUUACAAAUGCAGCAGGACCACCCCAACCUGCCCCUAAUGCAAAUUCCUCUGGAAAUUCCUGUCUUCAACCCAGCUUAGCGUCUCCCAUUAGUAUAAACCUUGAAAAACCUAGGUUUCAGGUUGGGCCUAGUUUUCCAAUUGGGCCUUCCAUCCCACAAGCCAAAACACAGCAACCUCAGUCCAUUCCCAGCCAAACUGCUAAUGCCUUAACAUUUGAUGCUAACCUUAUAUCCUUCGAGCAUCGAGCUAGAACGUUGGAGUGGAUGAAGGGCAAUGGGGGAAUUACACUGCCUGAACAAAACAAGAAAAUGCCUUAUCUUCCCCCGUUUGUUAGCACCAUCAACUCAUUGGCGUCUUUGCUAAAGGUGAAGGAGUCUUUGUUGACAAAAGCAGAGCAACUCCUUCCUGAAGAAGACAGAGACAACAAUGACGAGGAAGCUAAAGUAGCAGCUGUGCGUAAACUUGUGUCUGACAGGUUCAAAACCAACCCGGCAUACUUGCUUUUAAAGGCUCGUUUUUUGUCAUGCUUUACAUUACCUGCCUUUCUCGCUACAAUACAACCAAGCAAGGACUCCAUCAGUGAUGAAGGUUGCGGUGAGGAAGAAGAAGAGCAGGAUAAGGGCAAAGUAAUGCCAGAAAAACAAAGUGAAAAUAAAGAUCAGUCACAGACCGUGGAUUCCCUGCUUAGUGCAAAUGAAAGUGUCACAGCAUCACAGUUUCCUGGAAUUCAAUCAAGAAAGCCAAGUGACAGUGAUAUUAGUUCAUAAUGAACCAGCAGCAGCUCAAAAAUGUAACAUUAGUAGCUUGUUUCCUACCAGUUAAAACAUGUUAUUUAUAUAAUGUUAUGAAUGUAUAAAAUGUGUUACUUGCAUUAUGGUUUUGUUCAGCAGUGGAAGCUUAGCGGUUAAUGUAAUGCACUAAUGAUCAGAAGGUUGCUGGUUUCAGGCUUUAGACAUAAGUAUCAUGUACAGAAAAAUAAAUGAUAUUGUUUAUUUGAAGUUUACUUAUUUUUCAAAAGUUAUUUAUAAUAAAAACGUUUUUAAUUA